AUGAGUUCUACCACCAACCACGAACAACAUUCAAUCGAGAAGAUCGCUGCUCACAUCAAGAAUGGCUCCAUCAAGAAAAUAGUUGUCAUAGCAGGCGCUGGGACUUCCACUUCAGGCGGUUAUCCCGAUUUCCGAACUCCCAACACGGGCAUAUACGCCAAAAUCGCCAAGAUGAAGUUGUUACCCUACCCAGAGGCAAUAUUCAGUGCACACUAUUUCAAGCAUACGCCAGAGCCCUUUUUUGCCUUUUUGCGGGGUGUGAUGCAGCUCAACUUUAGACCGACGAUCACGCAUGCUUUUAUUGCGCUUUUGCAGCGGAUGGGUGUGUUGGAGAUGGUUUUUACCCAGAAUAUUGACGGGUUGGAGCGCGCAGCUGGAAUUCCAGAUGAAAAGGUUAUGGCUGUGCAUGGGCAAUUCGGUACCCAGCGCUGCAUACUUUGCAAGACUGCGUGGUCAACCGAAAGAUUUGAAGGAGUAGUGAAAAGCGGACGAGUUCCCCGGUGCGACAAUGCAGACUGCAAUGGGCCCAUCAAACCAGAUACAGUGAUGUUUGGGGAACCGCUCUCGCCAAAAUAUGACGAAAGCGCCGAUAUACUCAAGAUCGCGGAUCUGGUUCUUGUGAUAGGAACAAGCCUCAAAGUCCAUCCUGUGGCUAGCCUGCCGUCUCUAGCGGCACCAAGUGUGCCAAGGGUCUUGAUCAAUCGAGAGGCUGCUGGUGACCUAGGAAGUCGACCGGACGAUGUCCUGUUACUUAGUGACUGUGACAAAACAGUGAGAGUUAUGGCAGAUUCACUGGGUUGGAGAAAAGAGUUGGAAGAUAUAUGGAAGGAAGUAGGACCACAACCGGGGGACGAAAACCCGGUGCUGGAAGAUGCUAUUGAGAAGGAAAUAGAAAAGUUCCUCAGUGAGCAAACUGAGGAGCGACAGCUCGUUUACCAAGGUCAUAAAACAUUCUUGGAGAAACAUUUGGAAAACAAGAUGUCACGAAUGCCCUCCGGUGCUGAACCAUGCACCAAUUGA